CUUCUUGGGCCAGAUACCAACCUCCCUCCACCAGGACUUUUCAGCUGAACCUUCACUUGCUCUUUGGACAGACUUUCUACUCUUGUUUUGCCCUCCAAAUCGAAGGAUAUACACACACUCUUCUUCUUAAACUUUCUUUAAAGUAACAAACAUCUCAGUCAUGAGAGGACACUUCUCCAUCGAGUGGAUGGCCCAGAGCAGCCAGCCGGCAGGGACCCCGAUCGCCUCGGACUCUGGGCCCACAGCCUGUGGGACACACGCCGAGAGUCUGCCAGGUUUUUACUGCAGACAGAAGACUGAAAAUGUAGCCGAGCAAAGCAGGAGGCAAGGCCUGGAUGAUUACACAGCACAGCACCAAACCACUCACAAUAAUCAAGUGACGGAGGCUAGCUUCAGCAGCGGUACAGAGGAAGAGACCUCCGGGUAUGAGAGCGAGGGGGGUCGCUCCCUCUCGCCCUCGGCCCUCCAUGACAGCACCUCCACCCCGCCGCAGUCCCCGCCGUCGGGCCGGAGGCCUCGCACGGCUUUCACGGCGGAGCAGAUCAGCAGCCUGGAGAGGGCCUUCAAGAGGAACGCCUACCUGGGGACACAAGACAAGGCUGAGCUUUGUAAGAAGCUUAACCUGUCUGACAAACAGAUCCGACACUGGUUCCAGAACAGACGAAUGAAGCUGAAGAGAACCAUGCAGGACGCCCUGGCUCACGCCUGCCAGGCAAACAUUGCCUCUCAGUUCAUGCAUUAUCCUGAGCUGCAGGCAUACAGGGCAGGACCCUACUCCAGAUACCACUCAGCUGCAGUGGCAGUGGCAGCAACAGCAGUGCCGGAGACAUCGGCUGCAUCAUACGUCCAUCCACACAGCCUGCAGUACAGCUCCCGUCUGCCCAGUGUCCCCUCACUACCCCUGGACUCCUACCAGUACAGCAGCCUCCCAGGUGUCAUGCUGCCGUCUGCCACCUCUCAACUCAUGGGCUCCUACACGACAUAUCCCCAGUAUUACUAACACAGUGAAUACAACCCAGACAAGCUGCUGCUGCUGUCCAUCCUGUGAUAUUUUGUUGUACAAAAUAAGAGUAUUUGUUUUCUGACCUUAACCUAAUAUGAUUGACAGAA